UUUCUUCUUUCUUCUCUCACACAGGGAGCAUGGCCCAAGUAGCAAUGUCUGGCCUGCCAGUUGAGGAUGAGGAGUCUUCAGAGAGCAGGAUGGUGGUGACAUUUCUCAUGUCAGCUCUUGAGUCCAUGUGUAAAGAACUGGCCAAGUCCAAGGCAGAAGUGGCCUGCAUCGCAGUGUAUGAAACAGACGUGUUUGUCGUUGGAACUGAGAGAGGACGUGCUUUUGUCAACACCAGAAAAGAUUUUCAGAAAGAUUUUGUGAAAUACUGUGUUGAAGAAGAGGAAAAGGCUGCAGAGAUGCAUAAAAUGAAAUCUACAACCCAGGGAAAUCGGAUGAGUGUAGAUGCUGUAGAGAUUGAAACACUCAGAAAAACCGUUGAGGACUAUUUCUGCUUUUGCUAUGGGAAAGCGUUAGGAAAAUCAACAGUGGUGCCUGUUCCCUAUGAGAAGAUGCUGCGAGACCAGUCGGCGGUGGUGGUGCAGGGGCUUCCAGAGGGCGUUGCCUUUAAACACCCUGAGAACUAUGAUCUUGCAACUCUGAAAUGGAUUUUGGAGAACAAAGCGGGGAUUUCAUUUAUCAUUAAGAGACCUUUCCUGGAGCCAAAGAAGCACUUAGGUGGUCGUGUGAUGGUAACAGAUGCUGAAAGGUCAAUGUUGUCUGCAAGUGGAAGCUGUGGCUCCAUCAAAGUGAAAACUGAACCCACAGAAGAUUCUGGUAUUUCCUUGGAAAUGGCAGCUGUGACAGUGAAGGAAGAAUCAGAAGAUCCUGAUUACUAUCAAUACAACAUUCAAGGUAAUCCUAUCUAAUACAGUUUUUCUUUC